AGGUUGGUGCCCCCUUUUUCUAGCAAGAUCUACUAUCUGAGUACUAGUUCCCAGCAUUUUGCUUCCGAAUCAGACUGAGAACAAACAGAAGAACAAGAUAAUCACCGUACUUUGAUCGAUAUAUUGUUAUUGUUUUCCCCUUGUUUAUUCGUGUUUUCGUUUUGAUAAGAUUACGAUUACCUACCUGGUGGUGGUCAGGAUUAUGCACUUCUAUGAAAGGCCAAGGCCAUUGCUGGUUUUUUUUGUGUAGACGAGAAGGAGCUGCAGCAGCUUCAUCUUAAGCACCUCCCUAAGACCGAACGGGAGAUAGCAAGACGAAGCAGUUGAAGUUGGCUUGGUGGUUGAGAAGCCGUAUUUCUUCUGUUCGUUCCGUGGGCACAUGACGGGUGGUCGAGGAGACAAGCAGGCAGGUCGCGGCUACGCGGUGGACGAACGGAAAUAAGGUGAAGCACUUGAUGUUCCGAUAGGCGGAUAGAAUGCGUAGUUAGAAGUUCUGCUGCGACCAGAAUGAAGAAGAAGAAGACGGAGCAGCCCGUGCAGCUCUCCUCUGUACCCGCCAGAUGGAAAAUGACAACAAUGAUCUUCCUGCACAUCUUCACGGUGCAGCAGCUCCGCCCCACAACCGCCGUUCGGGUGCAUCACCCGCAGCAGGACCAACGCCAUGUACAACUGAACAUCGACCGCUCGGGCGGCGACGAUGUGACGAUCGUCCCUUCCGAGGCAUACUUGAAGGCAGAAGAAUAUGGGAGUGUCAGGAUCGAAAUCGACAAAAUCGAAAAAUUUGUAAUGCAUAAAAUGUAGGGCACGUAUGGCCUGUGUUGGGGAGGACGCAAAUGAGACCGAUUGCAAGUCGUUUAGGGGAAGCCGAUAUGCUGCCACAGUAGCAUGACAGGAGUGGUGUUCUUUGCCCAAACAGCAUGACAGGUCGGAUUUUGGUGCUGCCAAAAUUUGUCAUGCGCCACUUGGAAACUGAGGCUCCAACUGGUAUCGAUUCUAUGCAUCACAAAUUAUUUCGAUUUUGUUGAUUUCGAUCCUGACGCUUCCAUAAAGAAGCCCGGAGACUGGCGGAGCGAGAGGGCUAUUUCGUACUUUCUGGCGCAACGUGGUCGUAUUUGGCGGAUUUCUUCUCUGGUGUGGUGGAGCAAGCAGUUAAUACUAGCUCCUUGCUUUUUUUCCAGGGAACAGAAACAAUGCUAGGUACAAGUAUUAAAACCUCUGAGGAGCUGCAAAACCAAAAGUCUAUUUGCUCGUCCCCUGGAAACAAGGAAAGUCGCAUUGGUUGUGGAGUUGCUGGGAAGCUGCAGGAUGAGCAUGAGGAGCAUCUUCAAGAUGAUGGAGAUGAAAUUCGCACUACUUCUACUUCGUCGACUUCCAUCUUGGCCUCGUCGAAGAGCAAAGACACGAAGACGUCUUCUGCUUCGUCCACCACGUCGGCGGAGCCCUCGAUAAUAUCAACAACCACUGCUCCCGCUACGAAGGAGUCCUCGACAGCAGGUGGUCCUAGUGCUGCUACAGGAACAGAUAAAGAUGUUCAAGAAGACGACGGAAGUCAAACAGACACCAACGCCUGCCGUCGUGCUGGUGGGUCAACAACAGGUCGUGCAGGAACUGGAACUGCUGAUGAUAAGGAUGUAGUUCUACUUCCCGCACUGGGCACCACGGCGCCGUCAAGUAGAACACCACAAGAUCAAGACGGAAAUACAGGAGAUGAACUUGGUGGAGUAGAACCUACAGAAGGUGAAAAGAAGGGACGACGAGCUGAACAAGUGGUGUCACCAGUAAAUAAAACAGGCGACAGUCGUGACGAGGAGCGUCGUGCUGACAAAGACGGAAGGGAUUUGACAAGAUUGCAAAGCGGCGAGGACAAAGCCGCGGCGACGAAACAUGAUAGUACCAGCAACACAAAUCGUACGGACACGAGCAUGACCGACGAUCAGAAUUUCCCGGCACUUGGGAAUAAAAGCGAGACAACCAGCACUGAGAGACCUGCGACUGCGCCUAGCUCACCUGGCGCACGAGAAAGUGCUGGCGGGGGGACAAGGAAUAGGAACAAGGCCGCUCGUCCACGUCCUGCGGUUGAAGAAGAUCCAUAUGAAUUUCAUCGCGGGGAAACAAACAAGAACUACACCACUACUGUAGUAAGCUCGUUCUUGCAACCCCAGCAACAACAACGAGUGCAGCAGCAGCAAGCAGGAGCAGACGAUGAGGCAGCUUCAACUACUAGCAGUCUGGUGCAAGAAAAGCAGACAGCUGGAGCAGGUUCUACAUCUAGUUCCCAGGACCAGCAGGCCGCUCCGUCGGAGCCCUCGCAGUUGGUUUUGGGGGUGCAUCCCCAAUUAUUUCCAUUACUUAAAAAAAGCGAGGAGCAGUCCGGGUCCUCAAGGAGGUGUGUGACGCAGAUUUUUACACUAGGAGGAGCGGCAUCCUUGCUUCCGCAAACCGCGAGAAGAAGUACAACCAGCGCAACAUCGUCAGCAUCACAAGAAGUUCCAAAAAGCAAUCAUUUGUCCGUUAACCAAUACCGGGCCUACCGAGCAGAGAUCGAGAAGUUGACGGGGCUAGACAAGGAGGUGGUCGGGGCCGACGCUCCUGCUGCGCCGACGACCGCGUCUGGCGCGUCUUCAGCCGCUCCUGGUCGGGGACGCUUACUAGACCCGCACGGGGAAAAGCCCAAGCUUUUCGUGGUUUUUGGAAACACCGGGACGGGUAAGAGCACCCUGGCCGACAGGAUUAUCGAGAUGGCAGGCAUGGAUCCAGCAGUGAAGUUAUCCCGCGUAACAAGAGCUACUUACGCCGUGCGUCUCUAUUUUUCCACAAUCUGGAUCUGCAUCUGUUUCUGUAGUAAAACUGAAAACAUAAUAAAAUCGAAAUUUGUAUCGCUAGUAGAGCUGUAUGAUCUACUUGUGUUGAAUAAAAGUGUGCACAGUUGCAGGGCCACGCUUCGACUUGCUGGUGCUGCAAUUACGACAUCUGCAUAUGCAAAUACUAGGCAUGUGAUACGCUUAGUAAACAGGAGAAAAAUAUAUCGUGGUUGUAUGGCUAGUGUGGGUCUUUUUUGAACUUACUAGAUGCACCUCGCAAGUAGUUUUUCCACACAUCGAUACUCGGAUCUCCCACAGAACAAGAAGGAGUUUGUGCCCAGGUACCUGGUUGACGACUUGAUUGAGCCGCAGGAGUUGUUUAAGCUCUGGGGCUGGGUCUUCUUAAACGCGGUCGGGCACGACAUUCAGCUGUUACUGGGCAAGGACCACCACGUAAUCUUCCGUCCAAAGCAGCAGGGGAACUCCGGGCCGCCGCCACCACUUCCGCGUCCGGACCAGUUGCGCUACGAAAGCUUCAAAAAAGCGGUGUUUCAGACGCGAGACCCGACCACCGGCCAGAUUAUCCAUCAACUUCCCGAUAUCUACCCCGUUAUCCAGCAGGUCUGGGACAAGUUUAGACGACUGCUGCCCGACGGCGGUGGUAAAAACAGUUGCGCGGGAAUAAAUAUGGCGCAACUGCUGGAAGUGCGGGACCCGCUGGGGGUAGAUCUGCUCGACUUCGGCCCGGUCGCGGUGGACGGCGGAGGCAGACAGACGCCGACCCUUUCGUCGAACUUUGGGAAGGACAUGCGCUGGAUCAUUGAGAACCUACCGAGGCGCCGCGACGCACCAGAGCAGGAUGCGAGGACCCAAGUAGCGGCAACUACAGGUGGGUCGUUGGCCGCUGCUGCGGGUACUAGGAGCGAGGGUACCUCCGGAGGUAGCGCGGCUGGCCGUGCUUCAAAAACCGCCCGGGGUGAUGAAGAGCACAAACUACAGAUGGAACAAGCUGCAGUAGCGGAGCGUCUUACUAUCGUGCAAGAGGCUUUCGGAUUUAUCAACAAGGACGAAGCGUGGCGAGAUUAUGACACCCUCAGAAUGGAAAUCCUCAAAGUGGAAAUAAGUUGUGAUGCAUGAAAUGCGACACCAAAAAGACUGUAUUGCAGAGAACGCAAUGGAGGCCGACUAUUGUGCUUCAUCUACGGGUUCAGAAAUGGGCUGCUGAUUAGCAUGAGAGAACGGCACCCCUUUGCCUAACUAGCAUGACAGACACGUUUUGAGUGCCCGGGAAAUUUGUCAUGCGCCGACUACAAAUGGUGCUCCAACUGGAGUCGUUUUUUUUGCAUUACAGAUCAUUUUCACUUUGAGGACUUCCAACCUUAGGCUUUCAUAGAGAUCUUCAAGACGCCCUGGAGUUAGGCUUUCCGGCCGACAACGUCCCAGAGGUAGUGCGGAAGAGUAUCGAAUUUCUUGGUUUGCAAUCACUGCUGACCAUGGAGCAAUACAAGUUUCAUAACGUCGGGGCACAUGGUCUGGCCUUCAGCGAGUGGGUGAAAGUAAACAUCUAUCACAAGCGAGGCAUUGUCCAGGAAUUCCUAAGCAAAAUGGCCGCGGCCAUGGACGAUCUGUAUCGUUUCGCCCGAAAAUGUGGGUUGGACACGCUGCCUCGAGGAGGGGAAGGAAAUAAAUCGGGCCGCGUGCACCUCCUGGGUGCCAGCAGGGCGAGAGAUUUGGCAGUAUUUUUGGAAAAGCAGGCACAGGAGCAGGUCGCGGCUAAAGAAGCAAAUCUCAAAAAAGUAGUUAACGACGGGAUGAUGGCACGACCCGGGGGCGGGCCGCGUGAAGCAGACACAGUUCUUCAUCUCAAGAACACGGCAGAAAAAGAGUUGGAUGAGACAAAGCGACAGCUCGCGCAACAGCAACGCCAAAGGGCACUGGCGGACGCAGAACUAUCGCGGGCAAGGGGAGGACCACAAAUUGCAGAGACAGGUCGUAAUACGGACCAUGAAGAUCCUGGCCGCCCUCGUCUUGCAGACCACGACGUCCCUCCCCUAUUGGCAAGCCCGGAAGACUUCCUGGACUCACUCAUGGGAGCAAGUCUAACCGCCAAAACGAACCUGUUGAUUGAAAACAAUUUGAGCCCUCUGGAGCUGCUGGAGUGGUUGCGAAGAGACAUGAUGCCAGAGACCGUCGGUGAGUUAAACGACGUGUUCGACAUCUGGUUGGGCUUCAACAUUGUGGCCAUGCCGGGUCUGUGGGAGGACCGCAACAUUCCCCGGGCCAUGAGGAGCCUACAGCAGUUUCAAAAUCCCUUUCUCGCCGAAAAUGGGGUCCGGCUACCGAAGGUUGCCAAUGCGGACUCCUGGCUGCUGCGGAACCCGCUCAACACGGUGUGGAGAACGCUGCAGAGCGGGGCUGCGAGGCAGGGAUGGGACGCAUUUGGUGAACAACAGUAUGCAGGCCCGGACUUCCAUCAUGUAUGAAAGUGCAGAAAGAUAUACUCAGAGCCCCUGCUGACUUUGCCCCUGAAGAUCAGGUUGAUGUAAGACAUAAGGAAGUGGAAGGAAUUUAUUACGUAUGAAUUUUUCGGAACUUGUUCAAAUUGACGAAAUUCUUGGGGUUCUUUCGAUUUAGCUUUUGCAUGGCAAUAAACACAAAUUCACACCCCGGUUUUUACAGUUCGGCUUUUGAUGUAGUUCUCUGGUCAGUUCUUCUGUUAAUGUUCUUGCGCUCGUGCAAAGCCGCUGCAAGCGUUCUUGAAGCGGUCCACUUGCGAACGAAGGGACAAAAUCAAAAUGCAGGAGGUGUGAUGUAGAAGUAUUGUGCACUUCCAUACUAUCUGAUUGUCAUCGACAACAACGAUAAGGUUGAGAAAAACGAGCUGAUCUUUGUUGCGGAAGUGGGCACCACCGUCACGUCUACUGGUCACCAGCAACCCACGACGACCACGCAGGGCGUAUCAUUUGCUCCGCUCGUGAACAAUGCGGCUCAACGCGACCAUUGCCCCCGGGAAGAAGUGUUCGACUCGGAAGUCCAGAGACUCGUCAUGGACUUUGUGACCUGGAAGCUCUCGAAUAUGAACUGCAAAACUAUCGUACUCGUAGUAUUGCAAUACAAAUUUCGCUCAGCAUGACAACUGGAAUUUCUCAUGCUGAUUUAGCUUGAGAAAAAAAUUUGUCUUGCAUGACUGCAAUUAGUACGAGCACGAUACUUUUGCACAGGAUAUCGAACCGCAACUACCUAAAGUUCGACUAUCGCCUGGCGUGCCAGCCCGACGCGGUUUUCACGGAAGACGCCGCCGACGACCGAAACACGCACCGCAUGAAAUAUUUGUGUCGGAACGUGAAUGCGCACAGUAUCAUGAUGAAGCAAAAGAAGGGGCACGUCGAUCCGAAGGAAAAGAUGACUUGCUACCAGUCGUACUGCGAUUUCGAAGAAAGGCGGAGGGUUGAUUAUCAUUUGUAAAAACGUCCCCACCCCACAGUCAAGAUGGGGAUUUUGCAACACAAACCUCGAAGUUUUGGGAGCCACGCAUGACAAGUUGCAGGCUGUAGUGUAAUGCAGUUUAGCAAGGGAAGCCGCAUAGCAAAUCCAUCUCCUUAUCCUGUUUACAGCAUUACAAGUUCCAAAAUACGCUGGGAAAUGCCUCUCAUGGGGAUGCGCAUUACAAAUGCUCCUGCGCUUGCAGAUCUGCAUGACAACUCUGGUGGCGAAAACAGAGUUGGAAUAUAGUGGCCGGGAGAUGAUGGUGAUGGCACUUAGGUGUCCGCCUGACCCACCCGCCCUGCGUCUCAGGCCAUCUGCGGCUAUGGCACAAUGAGGGGGCAAAGUGUGUCGCAUUUUGUUUAGCAUGACAACUCUGGUGUGGGGACGUUUUUACUCAGGAUAUUGAUGGUACGGAGGUCAUCGGCCCCCCGCGUCCGAAGGAAAUCUUUCAGUCUCCGUUUGAGACGGAGGGCGAAAGGACGGAAAGGCUGAAACAGGAGGAAAAGUUUAAGCAGGAGAAAGUGAAGAUGAAACAGUCAGCAGGAGGUCUUGUUCAGCCACCAGGGGGGCAACCACCAGGUGGGCAACCACCAGGUGGGCAGCAGGCCCCUGGUGCUCAACCGCCUGGUGUUUCGCAGCCUCCACCUCCGAAUAUUGAUCCGAACGCCGUCAAUAACGGGGGUGUAGUGGCGGGACAACAAAGCCCCCAGGGAAUUAUGCUCACAACAACACAGCAUCAGCAAACAUAUGCGACCUCUGGUGAUCCCCCGGCACCGGAGCCCGAUUCGAUUCGUUGCUGUUAGUAGAGUCAGAGGCUGGCUUCACAGUACGAUUGAACAGAUUGCACCUGGCGUUUGAAUCGCGCAAGCACACAACAUGAUUACACUCUGUGAUCAUGGUGAUGAAGAAGUAUAAAUUAAUAAUCUUAACAAGCAGUUCUUCUUCUUUUCUGCACCGGAACGUAAUCUUUUAUACACCAUUUCUACUAGUUCGCACUUCUUGAUGUCGAUGCUGAUGCACAAGUAGUACAACUCAAUACUGUACUUCUUCGUGAAGAAGCGGUGAUGUUGUUCCAAAUUCCUACACGCCGCGUGGUCGAGCAGGAGGUUAUUUCAAGUGCAUACGACGUUUCAACAUCGCGAUAUUAAGAGGGCGCUCAAGAUGAGAAACAAGUAUUCAAGAACCAU